AUGGUCGACGAGCCGACUACUGGCUCUAAGUCUACUCCCGUGAAGUUGGCACCUUCCGCUGGUGGACCACCUCGGGUUCACUUCGGCAGUAGCUGGAUUUCUGCCUCGGAGAAACCAGACAGCCUGUGCAAACUGUAUGAGAUGGAUGAGAACCACGAGCGACGCAUGUGGCUUGACAAACUGCUGCAGUUCAUGGAGGAGCGUGGAACACCUAUCUCAGCAUGUCCCACCAUCUCCAAGAAUCCUCUCGAUCUCUAUCGGUUGUAUGCUUACGUCAAGGAAAGAGGGGGCUUCAUGGAGGUAUGCAAGGUCACAAAAAACAAAACCUGGAAAGACAUUGCAGGGCUUUUAGGCAUCGGAGCAUCUUCAAGUGCUGCAUAUACACUUCGGAAGCAUUACACGAAAAACCUUUUGGCCUUCGAAUGUCACUUUGACCGUGGAGGUAUAGACCCACAACCAAUUAUAAAUCAAGUGGAAUCUACUUCGAAGAAGAAGAUGACCAAGACAUCAUCAGUUCCAUCUCCAGGCUCAUCAAAUUCACAGGAUUCAUUUCCAGCAGCUGGUUCAAGUGGAGAAAAUAUUUUGAUAUUACAGUUAAGAGACUAUUUCCCAUAUCUUCUGAGGAGUCCACAGUUGCUUAUUGUGCUAGGUGUGGGGGUGCCGAUGCAAGGUGCAGGGGAUAACAUUAGCGUUUCCAACCCUUUUGACAACGUGGCGACUGGGCAGAGGCCCAAUCCUUACUGCCCUUCUGGAGGCCCCUCUCGUCCCCAAGGAAUUCAGCAAGGCUAUCAAGGCCAGUCUGGGUACUCUCAGUAUCCGGAUCAGUAUCCCCAUAGUCGUGGACAACCAACGAAUAUGGGGCAGGAAUUCAAUCAGCAGUACUCUCCCAGCAGCUCAUAUCCACCUGCUCGGCCUAUGUAUCCUCCCUACGCUUCUGAGGCUGAAAGGAGUUAUGGACAAGGUAGAGGGAAGCAACAGUCGGCUGGUGGUCAAGAUCCCUUUGGACACAACUGGUACGGGGGGCCCAGCCAGCCACCUGGCUAUCCUUCACGUACUGGCUAUCCUGCUCCACCUAUGGGACCACCAGCACAGCAACCCACAGGGUAUCCACCACAGCAAUACUAUUACCGUCAAGAUCCGGUAUAUUCUGGUCAACAAGCAGCUACUGCAACUGGCCCAGGUGGUCAGAUGUAUCCUGGAAGCCCUCAUAGUAAAUCAAUGCCACCUCCAGCUCCACAGACCCCUAGAAGGCAUCCAGAUUUUGCAAAAGACCCACAGCAGUCUCCCUAUCCACCAUAUAGUCAACAAAGGCCUUGUAUAUACGGCUGGAGUAGUGGUAACACUCAGUAUCGGGCACAGUACCCUCCACAAGGACCUGUUCCACAAGGGCCUCCACAGUGGAACCAAAAUGCUCAACGAGCUGGUGGUCCUGUGCCUGGUCAGCCAGCUAACAGCCAGUGGGACCAGCACCGCUACCAAGCUAGUGGACAGUCACCGUAUCAGCCUCCACAACAGGCACAGCAGCAGUGGGUUCCAAGUAUGCAGACUCCUGGUAUUAAUCAAAACUCACUCCUAAGGCCACCGAUGGUUAGCCCACGUGCUCCAUUCCGACCGGAAGGAAAGCCGUAUUCGAUGCAGCAACUACCGGGUUCAAAGGCGCAGCCACCUGGGAUGAAUAAUGCGCAGGUCUACCAACAACAGAGUGCCCCAAAGCGAGAGAUCGUUUUCCCUCCAGAAAGUGUGGAAGCAAUAUUGCCUGUUUUGUAUAAACGCAAGCGAAUGACACGAGGGGAUGUAGCACCUGUAGAAGCAUGGAGGCUUAUGAUGAGUCUGCGCUCUGGCCUACUGGCAGAGAGUGCUUGGGCUCUGGAUAUUCUCAACAUCCUUUUGUUUGAUGAUAGCACAGUUGCAUAUUUUGGACUAGCCCACAUGCCAGGACUACUUGAUGUGCUGUUGGAGCAUUUCAGACGCAGUUUAGCUGACAUGUUUGACUCGCCUCUUCCAGAUUCUGGGAAGAAAUGGUUCCAGGCACCAAAGGUGGAAACACCGGAAGUGGACCUAGGGCAAGUUAGAGUGCCAGUUGAUCCUGCAGAUCACAUCACAUUAAUGAAAUCGACACCAAAUUAUACUCUUGUGACUAGAAACGGUGAGGUAGUUCGAAUUGUGAACAGAGAUAAUGAGAUAUUUGUUGUGGAUAAUCGGAAGAGCUGGGACAUUGAAGGUGACUUGGCAGAAAACUAUGAUGUGGUUCAAGACCCGUGGCAGUUGACCUCUUCAGACAUCAGUUCGACGAAGUACAUUGUGUCAUGUUUCCAAGGAGAGUUCGGUAAUGUUCCAUUUGCGAGACUGCUCGAUGACAGUAAAACUGUAGGUGCCGAAGAGGAAGAAGAUUGUCGGACAAAAGUAAGUGAAGAAGAAUCGUAUCCCAUUGAAAACUUGAGUGUAACUCCUCCUAUAGUGCUAAAAGUGGAAUGUAGUGAUGACAACGGUGUUAUUGAUAGUUCGAGCAGUGCAUCUAAUGUGAUAGUUAAUGAGGAACAUUUGAGUAAAGACAGCUCCUUCGUUGAUGUGCAGGAUAGUGAUGAAGUGAAACGGACUAAAACUAUUUUGAGUGAUGUGUUUUCGCGGAUAAAAACGGAAAAUACGGAAGAAAAUUCAUUGCUGCCUGAACACUGUGUAGACCCCUUAGAGCCUCCUAAAGAAACUGUAGAAGUGAAAAAGGAAGCAAACUGUGUCGAAAGUGAGAGCAGUAGUAAUUAUGAAAGGGAGUUGCCGCAUUCUCCAAAUGUACCAAAGGAUAUUGAAACAAAGAGUGAUAAUGCUGUAUCAGAAACUAGUGACACAAAUAAUUUUAGCAGCAGUAACAUAAAAACAGAACAUACAAACAAUGACAAUAGUUCUAAUAGCAAUGAGAGUAGUAUAUUCAACAUAAGCAAAGGUGAUAACUGUAACAGCACAACACCGAAUGAAUCCAGUUGCGAUUAUAAGAUCAAAGAAGGUGUUGAAAGUGAAAUUAUUGCCAGUGAAGAAAACAGUGAAGAAAACAGGGGCGGCAUACAAAUAAGGGAUCCUGCGGGAACGUUGAAAAGAAGACGUAUGUCAGAUUAUGAAGACGAAUGUUACGCGAGAGAUGAAGCGAGCCUUUACCUUGUUACUGAUACACAGGAUGCAAAGGCAAGGCGUUGUGUUUGUCUUUCAACUAUUUUGAGGAAUCUGACAUUUGUCCCGGGCAAUGAAGCAGAGUUUGCCAAAAAUGUUACAUUCCUUGAUUUGUUGGGGAAGCUUUUACUCUUACACCACGAACAUCCUCCUCGUGCACAGAAACAGCGCAAUUAUGACCGUGAAGAAGAUGCUGACUUUGCAGAUUCUUGUAGCAGUUUACAAGGUGAGGCGGAAUGGUGGUGGGACUUCUUGCACCAUGUGCGCGAAAAUGUGUUGGUGACAGCGGCUAAUAUUGCCGGUCAUAUGGACCUCGGUCAACAUCCUGAGGAAGUGUCGCGGCCCGUAAUUGAUGGACUUCUUCACUGGGCAGUUUGUCCAGCUGCUCAUGGUCAGGACCCAUUUCCCGGAUCUUCAGGCUCGUUGUCACCCCAGCGCCUUGCACUGGAAGCUCUGUGCAAAUUGUGCGUAACGGACUCUAAUGUAGAUCUGGUUGUAGCUACGCCACCCUACUCCCGUUUGGAACGUCUGUGUGCUGUGCUGACACGACUUCUGUGCUGGUCAGAAGAGCAAGUGCUACGAGAGUUUGCAGUGAAUAUGCUGCACUACCUGGCCGCUGCGGACAGUGGUGUGGCACGUACUGUUGCACUGCAGAGCCCGUGUGUGUCCUUGCUAGUAGCAUUCAUCGAGCAGGCGGAAGCUACUGCAUUAGGGGUAGCCUAUCAGCACGGUAUCGGUGCACUUAUAGACAAUCCAGAUGCUAUGGGAACCAGUCUGGAUAUGCUGAGGCGUGCGGCUGGUACAUUACUUCAUCUGGCACGACAUCCUGAAAACCGGCCGCUCUUCCUGCAGCAAGAACAGCGUCUGUUAUCCCUCGUCAUGAGCCAGAUCCUCGAUCAGCAAGUGGCAGCUGUAAUCUCCAGUGUUCUUUUCCAGUGCUCAUGGCCCUCUUCGUAGCAUGCACAGCAGUUGUAGACAACUAAGUGGUGAAA